AUGGCGCAUGGAGGGCUUCGCAGCCGUGUUCUCCAAAAUCGAUUUUGGAUGGUAGCUUGGUUCCUGGGCACUUUGUGGCACGAACUUGGGCGAGAGACAGAGGCCUUUGCUGGGAUCUUGCAGCGGAGACCGAGACACUUCAGCCUCAGAGCCAGGGACUUUGAGUCCGAGCUCUCCGUACAGGAGAUGUUGAAGAUGCAUAGAAAGCGGAAGCGGAAUGCUGACAGACUUCCUCAAAAAGAAGGCGAUCCAGAGGCAGCCGAGGCAGCCGUUCUGACGCCUGAGGUGUUAGCAGCAAAGCCGAGCUGGCUCCGCUUGAAGCCAGCGGCAGAACUCCCAUGUGUCUUCACCCCUCGCGAGGAAGGUGUCAGGAGGAUCGGAGAGCCAAUUGAAUUGAAGUUCUGGCAACAUGCCUAUGUUCGACUUUGGCAACAUGCACGUCUUCACACUGGCGGGGCUGUUGCCGUCCGGUACAGCCGCGGCUCCCUUGCGCGAAGCCCCCAUGCCUUUGCACUCUGGCCUUCAGCGCCAAGGGAGCGCAGUAUGCAAGGGCUGGUUCUGGGCAUGUUCAACCUCACCGUCAAGACGAUCCAUCCGUUUCCAAUCUUGCGGUUAAUGCGGCCUCCGGAUGAGACAGAUGAGGAGCUUGCGGCUAACGAGCCGGCCGAGCUGAACGCGUUCCUUCGAAGUUUGGGGGAUCCGGCCAAGCAAGGAGCUGCCAUCGAGGACAUGACAACUGCAGACCGACGAGCUUUGCUUCGCUGGUUAGCUGGCGGCGCAGCCGGUGCCGUGAUGCUUUGA